CGAUAAGUUACGAAACUGUAUAUUGAUUAUACAACGCCGUUAUGUUUACGUACAGUUCAGGAAUAUAUAGUGCGUGUUUAUGCAUAUUGUAGACAUCAUUCUGACGUGAAAAAGGAAAAACAACAACAGAAAAACAACAACAACAAGAAACAUGGAAAUAUUUCCACAUAAUGAAAAACAUGACUUUGAUUUAGAACUGGUGCUUGAGGCACUGAAGAGGUGCCCAUGUGAAAACGGGGACAUAGAUUUGCGGGAAUAUCUUGUUGCUUACAAUGAAUUAUGCAGGUAUUCAGGUUUAUCUGUUCAAUUCAUUCUCGAAUUUAUGUCAAGAAUAAGAAAGUGCUCCGACCUUGACAGAACAUCAAAAAUAGCAACGGAAGUUUACGAACAAACGCUUUCAAAGCAUCACCCUUGGUUUACGAGAAAAAUGGCGGCCAUUGCUGUGUACUUGUUACCGUCGCGGAAGGAUUUGAUUCACGUGAUGUGUAAACAGGAAUACCAAACCGCAUUACAACUGUUGGAUAAGGUAGUGACAGCGGGAAGGCAUGUGUAUGAUUUAACAGAGAAACUUUAUAGUGACCAUGACCUUCUUUAUAUUCCGUGAUUAACUACAAUUUUGUAAAUCAAAAAAAUGUGAUAUCCGAUGCAAUCUAGGGCACAAAAUACUCAUAAAGUCAUUUAUAUACUCGUCAAACUUCCGGAGUAAGAAAAGUAUUUUAGGUAUAAAAUACCGGUAACCAUGACAAUGAGACGUCUUUGAUUUAUUGCAUACUCAGUAUUAUUGAUUGUUGUACAUAAUAGUAUUAUUGAUUGUUGUACAUAAUUAUUAUGAUGAACUGAUCAGUUAAAAGUCAUUGACUGAAUUAUUAGAAAUCCAUUCGGAGUAUCUCAGGCGAUAUCUUAGUAACAUUAUACAUGAUUCAUAAAUAAAUAUAUGUUUUAUUAAUUUUUUACAAGAUUUAAUCAAUAGAAUUGUGCCAUUACAAGUACGUUGUUGAUUUGAAAGAAAAAUAUGAAAAUUUAAAUUAAGUAAUAUUGA